UUUUCGUCGCCGGACGAAGGUUGCCCAGAUGCUCGGUUCCGUUGCAAUUGCAACAACAUCGUCGCCUAUCCGCAAACGCUUCUGGACAAAGCCAUUGUUCUUCUAAUGAGAAAAGCCGUUGUGCUCCCCUUUGUGCAGACAAUGCCUCUUCUUCUUUGUCGAACUCAGAACGAUGGGCCUUUGUUCAAAAUUUGAAGAUCUCGUAGCAGAGCAUAUAUCCCCCUCUCAUAAACGCAGCAAUGAGUCCUUCUCUCCGUGCAUCGUGGUCCUAUCGUUCCAUCUUCAGGUUUUCAGAAAACUCUCAGCUAUCCUCAAAGCCGCUGAAAGUCAUCUGCCAGAACUGAAGAACAGGAACGAUCCCACCCCGAUCCGCGCCGGUCGCGAAAUCAUGCUCCCCAUAAUCCUCCUCCUCGGCCCCUGCGGCAUCGGCAAAGGAACUUUCGCUUCGACUCUCACCCAAGAGUACAACAUCCACCACCUCUCCUGCGGAGACUGGCUUCGUUCCAAGACUGUUUCUCCGAUCCUUGGUGUUUCCGACACCAACAUAAACGACUACGUCGCUCUAGAUUUCGACAUUCCCGAAGCCUGGCUAAUCGCAUCCUAUGGUAGCGAAUGGAAAGAAACAGCCCCUCCAGCUCUAGUCCUCUACGUCUGUUACAAACGAAACGAGAGCACGCCAGCCAGCAUGUGGAUCCGCGCCUUACCAGGCUUGAGAUCAGAGUGCGAAAUGUCCGUGGCCUUCGACGAAUGCUUCGGUAAAGAAAGUCUCCCCGUCCUCGCAAUUUCCCUAACCUGCUCCACAGAGAUUAUCCUGCAACGCUUCCUCUCACGUUCGCGAGGGAACGACGAUGCGAAGACGUUCGAGCGACGCCUUAGAAGAUUCGAGAUGGAGUCGCCGGCUGUUAUCCAAAAGUAUCGGAAUUUGGGCAAAUUGGUCCAGAUUGAGGCGACGGGGACGCCGGAGGAGGUUUAUCAGAAGGUGAUGGGGACCAUCGUGCACGUUUGCCUUCUGUUGUGACUAAGUUGGAGAGGUCUCGAGCGAAAAAAUUGUCGCCGGUCGUUGCAAGGGGAUUCUCUGGGUCGGGUCCUGCUUCUGCCCCGAUCUCGAGUCCAGUCUAGAUGGUUCUUUGAUCAUUGUUCCAGGGGACAAAGCGUUGCGC